UUCAACUUCUCUCCUCAACUUUUGAAGUAUUCCACACAUACAAACACAAACACACACACACUUGACUUUUCGCAUAUUUCGACAGCUCGUGAAGGACAAAGACAUGGAGCCUAAGCCUUCUCGGAGGAUAAUGACCAGAGACAUGUUCCUCCUAGUCGUAACGAUGACAUGGCUCGUAACCGGAGACGCAGGAGGCAUAAAGCCAGAGGAGCGACUGUUUAAUCUUGAGAAGCUAAAGAUGUUCGUUGACAAGCUUCCUCAUAUCCCUACUCUUCAUGGCUACCACUUCGUCAAUGGCUUCCUUAAACCCAAAUCUCUUCACAUAGGCAUGUUCUUCAAGAAAUGGAAAUUCCACAGAGACUUGCCUGCCACGCCAGUGUUCGCAUAUGGUACAUCAAGGCGUUCAGCAACAGUUCCUGGACCGACAAUAGAAGCUGUUUAUGGAGUCGACACCUACGUGACGUGGCGAAAUCACCUCCCUUUACAUCAUAUCCUCCCUUGGGACCCAACAAUCUCCCCUGCAAUCCCUAAACACGGCGGCAUUCCCACGGUGGUUCACUUGCACGGAGGCAUCCACGAACCAACAAGCGAUGGCAAUGCUGAUUCAUGGUUCACUGCUGGUUUCAAAGAGACUGGAUCUAAAUGGACUAAAAAGACUACGCAUUACGUUAACAAGCAACAACCUGGAAACAUGUGGUACCAUGACCACGCGGCGGGUUUGACUAGAGUCAACCUUCUCGCUGGUUUGCUAGGUGCUUACAUUCUCCGCCAUAGCUCGGUCGAAUCGCCUCUCCGGUUACCUACCGGACGCGAAUUCGAUCGUCCUUUGGUCAUCUUUGACCGAAGUUUUCGUAAAGAUGGUUCCAUUUACAUGAACGCCACAGGGAACAACCCGUCGAUUCAUCCACAAUGGCAGCCAGAGUAUUUCGGCGACGCCAUCAUUGUGAACGGUAAAGCUUGGCCGAGACUAACCGUCCGUCGCCGGAAAUAUAGAUUUCGAAUCACAAACGCUAGUAACGCAAGGUUUUUCCGGUUCUUCUUCUCCAACGGUCUCGAAUUCAUUGUCGUGGGUUCUGAUUCAGCUUAUCUAUCGAAACCAGUAUCGACCAAAUCGGUCCUCCUCGCUCCAUCGGAGAUUGUCGACGUCGUCGUUGACUUUUCAAAGUCAACGACGAAAACGGCAAUUCUUGCCAACAAUGCACCUUAUCCUUACCCGUCCGGAGAUCCUGUCACGGAAGAGAACAGCAAAGUCAUGAAGUUUAUAAUCAAGAACAAAUCAGAAGUUGACACGUCGAUUAUUCCGAAGAAGCUAAUUGAUUACCCGCCUGCUCAUGUAUCAACCUCGUCCCGUACACGUUACAUCGCUAUGUUCGAGUAUGUGUCUAGCACUGACGAGCCAACGCAUCUAUACAUCAACGGUUUGCCGUACAACGCUCCCGUGACAGAAACUCCAAAAAUCGGCACAAGCGAGGUGUGGGAAGUGAUUAAUUUAACGGAGGAUAACCAUCCAUUGCACAUUCACUUGGGAUUGUUCAAAGUAUUGGAGCAAACGGCAUUGGUGAAUAGUGAGGAGUUCACAGACUGUAUGACUAAAGAAAACGAUGCCGUCAAGUGUCAGAUUAGCAAAUACGCUCGAGGAAACAAGACCGCGGUGACGGUACACGAGCGGGGAUGGAAAAACGUAUUCAAGAUGAUGCCGGGGCAUGUAACAAAGAUUCUCGUCAGAUUUUCUUACAUUCACUCAAACGAAUCUUACUCCUUUGACGCAACGCAAGAGCCAGGCUAUGUCUACCAUUGCCACAUAUUGGACCAUGAAGAUAACAUGAUGAUGAGGCCUUUUGCAAUGGUCAAGUGACAAGAUGUUAAAUGUUGCUAUAAUUCCAAAACAAAACAACUUACAAUUA